UGGGUUGUUUUGACAGACCUCAAGCAGGUGACACAAGUUAUUAUUGUUAAAAAUUCCUGUGUUAUAAAAACAAUAAAGAGAGGACGCUGUGCUUUUGUACGAGUGUGUACUUGCAGAACACAAUGUACCGCAAUGAAAGCUGAUACCGGCGCGUGGUGGGCGGCCGCGCUGCUCGUGGCCGCCGCUCGCUGGCCCGCCGCCGCCGCCGCUGCCGCCGCCGCUCGCGACCACAUGCCGCAGCGCUGCGAUUCCCUGGCCUGCGACUCGCUUGACAGACCCAUACCGUUUCAUGAAUACAGGCUGGAUGGCGAAGAUCUCCUGGAGAAUAUUACCCGUUUACUGGGGUUGAAUAUUUCGAAUCUCGCGCAAAUUGUCGACCCCUAUAACGAGCUGUUGGAUCUGUUAGAUAUGUUGCAAAAGUAUGGCGAUCCAAGUACAAAUUACCGCAGUAAAUUUUUUACAUAUGAGAAAUUUAUACCAUGGAGAGAGUACCCCAAGUUCAAAAGUUCAAAGCCCCUGCCGCCGAGGGACGGCGACGCCCGCGCCGGCGUCGCCCGCGCCGGCGCUCUGCGCGCCGCGGCGCCUUACGUGUUGGAGGCCGUCGCCCCGAGGGAACCAGAUUUUGUGCAUCAGGUUGUUUCAGAGAUCUUCGAGAUAUCUAAAUACAAAGUUAGAGUGAAUCCUACGGGCUACUACUGCAUGGUCGCGCUCCUCUCAGGACCCGUCACAUUCAUCCUCGCUCUCGUGACGACUGCCAGCUUGUUGAUAGUUGCUGUGUGGGAGGCGUUGAAGCAAACUGUGAAUUCGAAGUUUCGACGGCCCUUCGACCGCAAAUGCGACCCUUACAUCAAGAUCAUUCUUGCCAUUGCACUGGUGACAUUGCUAAGUCUACACUUAUAUGGCAUGUGGGAAUUGUCUGCGGCAGAGAAACUAAUGGAAGUUGGCGUGGUGGAUAUGAGCUUGGCUAUUUGCAACCUCACGAGGUCCGUCAAUGCUUUCCUUCAAAAUCGCACUGGGAUUGAGCCGAUCCGCAGGGCGAGCCCUUCGGAGCCGCUGCCGGAGCCCCCCCUGCCGUGGCGGGACUACAGAUCUUUUGUUCUCCAUUGGUUAUACUAUAAUAAGGAAACCAUGUCAACAUUGUUGGAUCGCCGUCGGACUCCAUUGACGUCCCUGGCCGACAUUGCGCGUCAGCUCGACGUCGUGCACCGUGACCUAACCGACGUGAGGGAACAUGGCAAUUCGCUUGGAUUUCUGACCAAUCAACUCAACGCAGAGCUUCGUAAUGUGAAGCGCACUCUGCUGCAGACGCUGGCCAGGUGCGAGGCGCCGGCCUGCCUCGAACUGCAAUGGAAACAUUACGUCCAAGAUUUUAACACGGACGUCCCACAAAUGCAGAUGCCAGAUAUGUCGAAGGUGCUACAGAACUUGACGGAGCUGCGCGAGCAGCGCCUGCGCGCGGACGUGGACGCCGGGCUGCGAGUGCUCCGGCGCGUCGGCGACCACUACGCUAAAGCCAGAUUCAAAUACUACAACAAAUCGUUGGAAACUUCAUGGAAAUUGGGUCAUACUUAUCUACGCAACUAUUGGUUUUGGAUUCAAGGAAUCUACGAUAAAUUAGAAAAUUUCGAAAAAUACAGAGAAUUAUUAACCAACAAUCACCGUCCGCGUGUACGUUUUUAUAUAUAUUCCUGGUUGUUCCCUCUGAUGACGUUACCAGUGCUGCUCCUGUUCGGUCUCCCCCACGGCUUCUGGGGCGAGCGGCCCACCACGCAUCCAGGGUAUCGCCUCCGUAGCAAGGCCGUCGGUGCGCAAUGGAUAUACGCUGUGAUGGUGUUGACGAUAGCGGUGUUCGUGGUAUGUGCGCUGACAACGGCGCUCGUGUUCUUCCUGGGCCUCCUGAUGCAGCGCGCGCUCUGCGAUCCGCUCGAGGACCCCUUGGGCAGCUGGGUGCUCCGCUUGGCGGACCCCUACGUGGACAUCGAGCAGGCGAUCUUCAGAAGGCAAGCCGACGCCCGAUCUCCACUCAAACUCAGCAAAAUUAUUCAUCAAAUUAUGAAUCCUACUGCGACUCAUCGCCGCUACUACUAUCAGGUAUUUGAAAUAGACCGUUGGACUAGCGAAGACAAAACCCACUUUCCGCUCUUUAAACAAUGGAUGCAAUCAUUGAAAGAAAUGCAGUCGAAGACAGGGCUCGUGCUGCCCUCUGGCGUGUCGGCGCUGAGCGCGCGCGCCCGGCGGAAUCUGCGGCGCCUCGCCGACACCCGCUUCUGGGACUUGCCUCUCGACAGAAUCCCGCACGCGUUGAAGAAUAGUAAGGACCUGUUUACCAAAAAAUCCCGCGAGAUGGCGUUGUUGUCUGACGCGCUGGAGCGCGCGGCGGCCAGCGUGACGGCCAGCGGCGGCUCCGGCUCCAUCCCGGCCGAGCUGCGCGCCGCCGCCGCCGCGCUGCAGGACCUGCGUCUGAACAUCGUCCUGCCCAUGUUCCAACGCGCACAUGCCCUCAAUAGCGCAGCCGGCAGAUUGCAAGAGUCGCAUCGAUUCAACGUGAGCCACACGUCGCUGAAGCAGGCCAUCAUAGAGAACCUCGGCGACGUUGUCGAGCUGGACCGGUUCAUCAACGUACAAGCUAACAUCAAUGAGGGAAUGAGCCUGCGGCAGACCGCGAGGGACCUUGCGGGCUUGGUGCUGAGCGUGUACCCUAACCACAUCACGCGGUGUUUACCCGAUGGCGAUUUUUUAUUAGAACACUCGGAACGUGUGAGGCGCACCCUGUGCGGCAACGUGAUGGUGCCCACGCACGGCAUGUGGCUCAGCCUGGCGUGGUGCUGCCUGCAGCUGCUGCCCAUCCUGCUGGUCAGCCGCGCCCUGGCGCGCCUGUUCCUACACACUGACCUCUAUCCCGGAGAAGCUCUAGUCAGCGCGUACGACCAAUUAAAGUGCUAUGAGCGGGAAGCGUUGCGGCACAGCGGCGUGAAGCGCGACCACGGUCUGUGCGGGAACUGCGCCCGCGCAUGCAACUUGCACCGCCCGCACACCUGUCUGCCGAGCUAGAGCAAGCGUGCGACCGCAGUUGUAACAACACAUUGAAAAUUUGGCCGUCAUGGAGUUGGUGACAUAGAACAUUAGUUAUGAGUUUCGAUUCUGCUGAACAUUAAGUGGUAAUUGUGUUUCAAAAGUUCUUCAAUAGGUCUUGCUCAAUUAAUUUCGUUGAAAAUAUCCCGCGUACUUUCAUGCCAAAGGCCCGAGCGUCGUUUCUUCAGCAACUUCAAGAAUCGCCACUCGUCAGCGAAACUUUACAUAAAGAGUGAUUCCCAUGAUUCGGAUACCAAGACGCUAUUGACAUAAGGUUACGAUUUUACUUUAGCAGAAUGGACACCUUGGGCUACCAGACAUUAGUGGCUGUGCUUUCCGAUGUUAUAACGUUUAUGUUAAAGUAUAUAAAUAUUGAUUUGUGCUGCAACUGUGGCGUCUUAUUGGUCUUCCUAAAUGUUAUUCACAGAAUCGAGUCGAUAAGAAGUGUCAUUACGUUUUUGGCCGUGUCACAGUACCCUAGUUACUCCUCUACAUCGAGGUGACUACUGCCAUUUACCCACGAGAUUCGCAACACUGGUAAUCAAUAAGAAACAAAAUCACGAAUUAUGAUAAUACAAAUACUUUCGUUGGCUUGGUGUGAUGUAGAAAUCAUUCUUCGAUAUGUUGCUAAAGUUUCGGAGGUGAGAGAUCUAGGAGUAGUCCGUGAUUCCAAGUUAUUAUUUGAGAGCCACAGUAAUAUAAUAACUACUAAAGCUAGCAAACUCCUUGGUUUUAUUAUGCGAGUCUCCCGUGAUUUCAGUAGUGUCAAAACCUUAAAGGUUCUUUAUUGUGCCUAUGUUCGAAGUAUUAUUGAAACCCCCAAUAUGCAAAAUAUAUCUCACGCUUGGAGCGAAUUCAAAUGAAAUUCAUUCGGUUCCUUAAUUUUCAAUGCAAAACUAAAUUUAAGUAUGAUGUUGCCUGUAGAAAGCACCACUUACUACCCUUGGAAAA